GAUGUGAUGCGCGCGUUCCCGUCUCCAAGCCCGGAUCGUGUGCCGGUGUCUCCGCCACGCCGCCGCUCGGCUCGUGAAUGGCCCUGACAUGGAGGAAGUCCCGUUUCAGAAAGUCCGCACGCGGCGGAAGCGGAGCCGGCGCUGUCCGCCCGGCGUGCCCGUGCCCGUGACGGCGAUCGCGUGCGAGGACGAGUUCGACUGCAAGGAGCUCGAGUCGCUGUUCCGCACCUACAGCCUGAAGCUGGAGCAGACCUCGGCGCUCAAGGCGCUCGCCGUGCUCGCGGCGCUGGCGUGCGCGCUCGCCGCGCUCGAGGCGCUCUCCGGCCCGGGCCUGGCCGUCGGCAAGGCGUCGCAUCCGGCGCACGGCGUCGUCUUCGCGUCGCUCUUCGUCGUGGCCAACGUCAAGUACCUGCGCGUGGGCCAGCUGCAGCAGAUCGUCAGCCUCGCGCUGCUGUUCGCCUUCACCUUCGCGCUGCUCUGCUGCCCGUUCCCGCCCGUCGCGCCCGGCCCGCGCGCGCCCGCCGCGCCGCCGCCGCCCGAGCACGGCGUCUGGCAGCUCGCGCUCGUCACCUUCGUGGCGUACGCGCUGCUCCCGGUGAGGACCCUCCUGGCCGUGACCUUCGGCAUCAUGGUGGCCAUCUCUCACAUCGUGGUCACCGCCACGUCCGUCACCGCCAAGACGCACAGGCUGUGGAGAGCGCUGGUGGCCAACACAGUGCUCUUCACCAGCGUCAACCUGUCCGGUCUGUUUGUGCGGAUCCUGACUGAGCGUGCUCAGAGAAAGGCCUUCCUGCAGGCACGCAACUGCAUUGAGGAGCGACUGCGCAUGGAGGACGAGAACGAAAAGCAGGAGCGACUCUUGAUGAGCCUCUUACCCAGAAACGUAGCGAUGGAGAUGAAGGAAGACUUCCUGAAACCUCCCGAACGGAUUUUUCACAAGAUCUACAUCCAGCGCCAUGACAACGUCAGCAUCCUGUUCGCCGACAUCGUGGGCUUCACCAGUCUGGCGUCGCAGUGCACGGCUCAGGAGUUGGUGAAGCUGCUGAACGAGCUCUUCGGAAAGUUCGACGAGCUCGCCACGGAGAACCACUGUCGGCGCAUUAAGAUCCUGGGCGACUGUUACUACUGCGUGUCAGGACUGACCCAGCCCAAAACUGACCACGCCCACUGCUGCGUGGAGAUGGGCCUGGACAUGAUCGACACCAUCACCUCAGUGGCGGAGGCGACGGAGGUGGACCUGAACAUGCGCGUGGGUUUACACACUGGCCGCGUGCUCUGCGGCGUUCUGGGGCUCAGGAAGUGGCAGUAUGACGUCUGGUCCAACGAUGUGACCCUGGCCAACGUGAUGGAGGCUGGGGGGCUACCCGGGAAAGUACACAUCACUCGGUCAACGCUGGAGUGCCUGAAUGGUGACUACGAGGUGGAGCCAGGAAAUGGGCGUGAGAGGAACACCUUUCUGCAGAAACACGACAUCGAGACCUUUUUUAUAGUGCCAUCUCAUCGCAGGAAGAUCUUUCCUGGACUCAUCCUUUCUGACAUCAAACCAGCCAAAAAGAUGAAGUUUAAAACGGUGUGCUACCUGCUGGUGCAGCUCAUGCACUGCCGCAAGAUGUUCAAGGCUGAGAUUCCAUUUUCCAACGUGAUGAACUGCGAGGAUGGGGACAAGAGGAGAGUUCUGCGCUCGGCUCCGGAGAAGCUGCGUAAUCGAACCUCGGUUUCCGCCAACGUGACCCAGAGCAGCCCCGGCACACGGGUCAACCGCUACAUCGGCCGUCUGAUCGAAGCGCGUCAGACAGAGUCGGACACGGCUGACUUGCAUUUCCUCACACUCAUGUAUAAGUGCUCGGAGAGGGAGAGGAGGUAUCAUCUCAUCCAUGACGAGUACUUCACAGGUGCAGUGGUGCUGUCGCUAAUCCUUGCAGCCUUGUUGGGCCUCGUCUACCUUCUCAUCAUGCCACAGGGGACAGUAGUGUUGGUGCUGCUGGUUUUCUGCAUCUGUUUCCUUGUAGCUUGUAUCAUGUACCUUCAUGUCACUAGAGUGCAGUGCUUUCCUGGGUGUCUCACUAUCCAGAUCCGCACAGUCUUGUGUGUGCUAAUAGUGUCGCUAAUCUAUGCUGUGGCACAGGCGUGUGUGGUUGACUGCAUGCCCUGGCUCUGGGUCUCCACUUCCAACACCUCUAUAGUGAUCAUCGACACGGUGGGCGGGGCCAACCGCACUAUGCCCGAGCUGCCCUGUGACGGAGUCCAGUAUGCCUUCCUGGCCUGCGUGGUAGCCACGGUUACCAUGGCGCUGUACCUGAGGGUGUCCUGGCUGCCCAAGCUGCUUCUGCUGCUCGUGUUGGCCGUCAGCUUCAUCACCGUGCUGGAGCUGAGCGGAUACCGCCGAACCAUGACCGGUGCGGGUAUGGGUUCACUGAAUGUUCGCUCAUAUGAGCCCAUCCUCUCACUGCUGCUAUUCUCCAGCGCUCUGGCCCUGCACUCACGCCAGCUCGAGCUCAAACUGCGCCUGGACUUCCUCUGGGCCACACAGGCCGAGGAGGAGAGGGACGGUAUGGAGAAGGUGAAACUGGACAACAGGAGGAUUCUCUUUAAUCUGCUCCCGGUCCACGUGGCUCAACACUUCUUAAUGUCAAACCCCAGGAACAUGGACCUGUAUUAUCAGUCGUACUCGCAGGUCGGCGUGCUCUUCGCCUCCAUUCCCAACUUCAACGACUUCUACAUCGAGCUGGACGGAAACAACAUGGGCGUGGAGUGCCUGCGCCUGCUCAAUGAGAUCAUCGCCGAUUUCGAUGAGCUCAUGGAUAAGGAAUACUACAAAGACAUCGAGAAGAUCAAAACCAUCGGCAGCACCUACAUGGCAGCGGUGGGAUUGGUUCCCACUACAGGCAGCAAGGUUAAAAAGUCUAUUUUAGCUCAUCUUAGCACAAUAGCAGACUUCGCCAUCGAAAUGUUCGACGUCCUUGACGAAAUCAACUACCAGUCCUACAAUGAUUUCAUCCUGAGAGUAGGUAUAAAUGUAGGUCCAGUAGUGGCUGGGGUUAUUGGUGCUCGGAGGCCACAGUACGAUAUCUGGGGCAACACGGUGAACGUGGCCAGCCGUAUGGACAGUACCGGAGUCCCGGGAAAGAUCCAGGUAACAGAGGAAGUGCACCGUCUGCUACAGAACGACUACGACUUGGUGUGUCGGGGCAACAUCAGCGUAAAGGGAAAAGGUCAAAUGGUGACUUACUUCCUGGAGGGCAGGUCCCAAGACGCAGGUCCGAGGGCACCUGAGCGGCGAAGGAGCACGUACGCGAUAGGGCGCGCCGCCCGGGUAGGGGUCGGAUCUGCACAAACCUCCGCCCACAACUCCGGCCGUCCCGCAUCUUACAUCGUGCACGAGGAGGAUGGGGAGGAGGACACCGAAGAAGAGGAAGGAGAGGUUUGAGGAAAAGGAACAUAGAGCGUCAGUACGGUGGCGUCGGAAAGGGGCUUCUCCGAUUGAGGUGCAUGAGGCUUUUGAAGGUUUUCCAGUCUACGAGGAUAAGUCUUGAGAUUUGAAAGAUUGAAUUUUGUCUUCCCUUUCUAAGUGAUCGAUCACUUUGCUUUAGUUUUGGCGACGGAAAUACUUUGUUAUGUUUUUCAGCUAUCCGAUUUCAAUCUGCACACUCGUCUUUUCCAAUCAGAGGCACGGCUGGGGAUCACAGACACCCUGUUUAGUGGGUGAUUUUUGUGCACUUGUAAAGUGUUAUUUACAAUAUUUACAUCAGGACUGAUUUUUUUAAUUUAUUAUACGCCAAGACUACCUGAUCUGAUUCAAAUACUUCGAUGUUCUAUCAGAUUUGUGUACUUUUUUCUAUGCUAUUCAGUGUGGUUGAGUGGAGAUGUGUGUGUGUGUGUACAGUAUGCAUGUGUUUGAGAUGUAAAGAUAGCACAGAUGACAUUUUAAAAGCAAUUUAUUAAAUAAGCGAUAGGCUUUAUAGGCUUUAUUUUUUUGUUGUCAUUAGUGGUGGCAGUCUUUUUUCGGAUCUUUGAGUAGCUGUUGAUUAAUCAGGGAGGGUGACCAGCACCCAAACUGCUCGACUUCAGUUGAUAUUUUUCAGGUUAUGCGACUUGCCUUGCUGCACCGACGACUUUUCUAACGUGAAAUUUGUGCAACUUUCUUAUCAGGGCACUUCUAUUAGACGUUCUAAACAGACUUAAGAGAUGUAGAUGCAACUUUAAGGACACAUUUAGCACCUAUGAGUUCAUGACGUCAAAGCUAAGCGAUGGACUGGACGUUCUCUGAUCCAGGAAUGAAGAUAGGAUUAUAAAAUCAUAAAGUCAUUAACAUCAUAUAUUUAUGGUUUUUAAACAUGAAGUGAUUAUCAACCAAGUGAUUAGCAUCUUGUGAAAAACCUAAUUUAGCUCUGUUUUUUUAUCUUGCUUUCUUCAAGACAUGUUUAAUGGUGGUUAUGAGAAAAGAUUGAAGGCAAUGACGCCAUGUUGAGUGGGGUAUCUCACCUGUACACAUGUAUGAAGUCACAGGGUGCUUUCACAUCCGCAGUGUUUGAACGGAACCCUCACAUUGGUUCUUUAGACUUUCAGCAAUCGCAUUGAAGUUCUAGUGCGAGAUGGUCUCGGUCUACUUCCAAGUGACCCAUGGCAUGUACAGUAUUCUGGUUCGCAGACUCAGGGUUGCCAGGUCUCAGGGAAACUCCCAGCCCAAUU